GGAGGAAACCUGAUCCCACUCUCUCUGUUUCUCUCUGUGGAAUAAACGCUUAGCCCUCAGCGUUAUUGGCCUUGCUGCUAGCUUGCAGCUUAGCCCGGCCCAGUUUGGACCCGGUGUGAUAGUGGUGGAGGUGGAGGUGGUGGUGGGGAUGGAGCGGUUCCUGGCCCUGCUGCGCCUGCUGAGCAGGAGGAGGCGAGGGAGGAGGUACCGGGCGGACGAUGAUUACCAGGAAGGCUACGAAGACGUUUACUACUACACCAGCAAGUACAACACAAACCUACUGAAUGAAGGGCCGUACACCAAACACUCCGCCGGGUCGCGACCUCCAGAUGGAGCGCUGGCCAUCAGGAGACAGAGUAUACCAGAUGAGUUUCGGGGCUGCACCGUGGUGGAGUUGAUGAAGAAGGAGGGCACGACGCUCGGGCUGACGGUUUCUGGUGGGAUCGACAAAGAUGGGAAGCCUCGGGUUUCAAACCUGCGACAGGGAGGCAUCGCAGCCAGGAGUGACCAGCUGAACGUGGGCGACUACAUCCGCUCCGUGAACGGCAUCAACCUGGCCAAGUUCAGACACGAUGAGAUCAUCAGUCUGCUGAAGAACGUGGGUGAGCGGGUCGUUCUGGAGGUCGAGUACGAGCUGCCGCCUGUCUCAGUGCAGGGGUCAGGGGUCAUGUUUAAGAACGUGGAAGUCACGCUUCACAAAGAAGGGAACAGCUUCGGCUUCGUCAUCAGAGGUGGAGCUCACGAAGACAGGAACAAGUCUCGUCCCAUCGUCAUUACAACCAUCCGGCCGGGCGGGCCAGCAGACCGGGAAGGAACCAUCAAGCCAGGGGAUCGGUUGUUAAGUAUUGAUGGGAUUCGUCUCCAUGGCAGCACACUCUCUGAGGCCAUGAGCAUCUUGAAGCAGUGCGGGCAGGAAGCCACGCUGCUGAUCGAGUACGACGUCUCCGUGAUGGACUCUGUUGCCACGGCAUCGGGGCCACUCCUGGUUGAAGUCGCCAAGGCAGCAGGAUCCAGUCUGGGCGUGGCCUUGUCCACCUCCAUGUUCUGCAACAAGCAGGUCAUCAUCAUCGACAAGGUCAAACCAGCCAGUAUAGCAGACAGGUGCGGCGCUCUUCACGCGGGAGAUCACAUCCUGUCUGUUGACGGGAAGUCGAUGGAGUUUUGCUCCCUGGCUGAAGCCACUCAGCUGCUUUCUGCUUCCUGUCAGACCGUCCGCUUGGAGAUCCUGCCGCAGCACCAGACCCGACCGGCCCUGAACGCACCACAGCACGUCAAGGUGCAACGUAGUCCCCGCCCCCUCCCCUGGGAGACCGGAGGCUCCGCCCCCAUCCUCCCCCCCUACCACUACAACACGUACCACCCUGACCAAUCAGGCGCCAGAUCGCACAACCGCCAUACAAACAACCCUCCGCUCAGCCACUCCUUCUCUCCCGGCUCCAUGUCGGCCUACAGCCUCUCCUCCCUCAACAUGAGCACCCUGCCCAGGAACAUGUAUCCCACAAGUCCACGGGGCACGCUGAUGAGGAGGAAGGGCAAGAAGAAGGACUUCAAGAGUUCCUUGUCUCUUGCGUCCAGCACCGUGGGUCUCGCUGGUCAGGUGGUCCACACGGAAACCACCGAGGUGACGCUGCUAGGCGACGGCAUCAUGGGUUUCGGCCUGCAGCUGCAGGGAGGAGUGUUCGCCACGGAAACGCUGUCAUCGCCGCCGCUCAUCGCCUACAUCGACCCCGACAGCCCGGCUGAGAGGUGUGGUAUCCUGCAGAUCGGUGACAGGAUCUUGUCCAUAAACGGCGUCCCGACCGAAGAUUCGACCCUUGAAGAAACCAAUCAGCUGCUCAGAGACUCGUCCAUCACCGCUCAGCUCACGCUGGAGAUCGAGUUUGAUGUGGCCGAGUCGGUCAUCCCAAGUUCAGGGACGUUCCAUGUGAAGCUCCCAAAGAAACCAGGAGUGGAGCUGGGAAUCACCAUCAGCUCUCCGUCCAACAGGAAACCAGGUGAUCCUUUGAUCAUCUCGGACAUCAAGAAAGGCAGCGUCGCACACAGAACGGGGACGUUGGAGUUGGGAGACAAGCUGCUGGCCAUCGAUAACAUCCGAGUGGAGAACUGCUCCAUGGAGGAAGCUGUUCAGAUCCUCCAGCAGUGUGAGGAGCUCGUCAAACUGAAGAUUCGCAAAGAUGAAGACAACUCAGAUGAACAGGAGGUGUCUGGCAGCAUCAUUUACACAGUGGAGCUGCAGAGGUACGGCGGUCCGCUGGGAAUCACCAUCUCAGGCACCGAGGAGCCCUUUGACCCCAUCAUCAUCUCCUCCCUGAGCAAGGGGGGGCUGGCAGAGAGGACGGGUGCGAUCCACGUGGGCGACCGUAUUCUUGCAAUCAACAGCAGCAGCCUGAAGGGGAAACCUCUGAGCGAAGCCAUCAGUCUGCUGCAGCAGGCGGGAGAGACGGUCACGCUGAAGAUCAAGAAGCAGGGAGAGCUGUCAAGCCCAAAGUCCUGCGUGAUUGGGCCGGGGGUGGGGCUUAAUCAGGAGAACCAGGAUGGGGAGGAGGAGCCUGUUGUCAUGGUCGCACCUCCAACGAGCCAGAGGGCGUUCAGCACGCUGCCGUCUGUGGACAGCGCCGUGGAGUCCUGGGACGGAUCCAACAUGGACAGCAGCUUCACCACUCCAGCUCCAACCUUUCAGUCGUCACCGUACAGUUUCCACGAGUGGCGCAACGCCAAGACAAGCAACAGCCAGUCAUCUUCCUCCACUCGUCAGCGAGCCAAUCCGCUGUCGGAUCUGGGUCUGAGUGACGACGACUGGGACCGCCCACCUCUUGGAGGAGGCUGUAAUCUGCCCAGCGGUCUAAUCUCUGAUAGCAGGUUUACUGUGGGGCAUGAUGGGACAGAACCGGACCAGGAGGAGAACUUCUGGUCUCAGGCUCUGGAGGACUUGGAGACAUGCGGACAGAGCGGCAUCCUGAGAGAGCUGGAGGCUACAAUCAUGUCAGGCUCCACCCUCAGUCUAAACCAUGACCCCACCCCUCUGCGCAGUACAUUGGGACGCCAGGCGAGUUUCCAGGAGCGCAGCAACUCCAGACCACAAGUGACUCCUCGAUCCAACACCUUGCCCUCUGACCCUCAGCGCCGAGCCUUUGCCAUGAGGAAGAUGAGGCAGGAAGUGAAUGACAUCCUAAACCAGAACCCUGUGGAACUCCACAAGCUCACUCUGGAGAAGGCCACAGACCUGGAGGAUUUUGGUUUCAGCGUUUCUGACGGAUUGCUGGACCGUGGCGUCUACGUCAAUAACAUCCGACCAGGAGGCCCGGCAGAGCGGGGCGGCCUCAGAGCCUACGACCGAAUACUACAGAUUAACCAUGUGCGGACCAGGGACUUUGACUGCUGCCUUGUCGUUCCGCUGAUCGCAGAGUCUCCAAACCGCUUGGAGCUCGUCAUCAGCCGAAACCCUUCAUCCUCCUCCUGCUCUUCCUUGCUGGCCAAUCACACUGAUGGCACAGCCAACAGCAGCCAUUCCCCUCAGCCAACCGGCAGCGAGCUGGGACCCUCGGAGCUCUCUGUUGGCCAAGGAGAGGAUAGUGGUCCAAUCAAGUGGAGCCAACCCGGAGAUGGUUUGGGGGCGGGGCUUGGGAAGGGGCAGGUUACAAAUAAUUCCUUAUAGCAGACAAAAACUGUAUCAAACUGGAUUCAAGCAGAUGGGACUGGAGAAGGCAGUGAGGAAAACUGUACAACAAAGUUGAACCAAACAGACUUAAAACUGGUUGAAACUGGUUCAGAGUGGACCGCCCAUGGUGCUACACACACCCUCUGGAUGACCUUUGACCACUAAAAUUUGACCCUAGUACUGCUAAAGCAGCCUGAAAGCACAGUGAUGAACUGGAGCAACUCCACACCUUUUAACCUGAACCAGUUCUGUAAACUGGUACUACUGGUGUCACUGGAACCAGAAUUAUAACUACUGAUCCUACUGGAGCAGCAACUGGGGCUACUGGCCUACUUGGUCUAAGAUUAAUAGUUACUGGUCCUUCUAGCUUAGAGCCAUGGCUACUGGUUCUACUGAAGCCACAAAUACAGCCAAUAGUCUUACUGGUCUACAAGCCUAGAACUAUAUCCCUAUGAAGUCAGUGCCACAGCCAAUGGUCUUACUCUUUUAAGAUUGAUGGUACUGGUUCUAGAAGUCUAGAAUUACAUGUUGAAGACACAUGGGUUCUGGGCUUAAUGGUCAUGGAAUCAUGGUCCCAGGUUCCACCAAAGUCAGAGCCAAAGUAAAGACCUAAGUAAAAACUAUGAUCCUGGUUCAUAGUCUUUCGGAGUUACAGAACCAUAAGUACUGGUCCUGCUAAAGCCAGAACCCGAGCCAAUAGUCUUACUGUACCAAGACACAUAGGUACUGGUCUUAGUGGGUGCAGGACAAUGGUUACUGUUUCUACUGAAGCCAGAGGCAAAUCUAGUGGUCUUGCUGGUCAAAGCAUGGUUCUAUUUUGUGGUCUCAGUGGCCAAGGAAUUAUGGGUACUAUGCCAGAGCCAUGGCCAAUGCUUGGGGGAGUCCAGAGCCAUGGGUCCUGGCCCUACUAGAACCAGAACAGUGGCUUUUGGCCAAGAUCCACAGCAGCACAAAGACUGAUAGGACUUGAGUCCAGAUACUGAAACCUGCUGAUGGGCAUAACAGUUGCCAAGGAGACUAGGGAUGCUCUGAUCAGUGUCUAAAGCUGAUGUUAUUACAACACUGAUAACUGACUUCUUAUUUUUGUGCAUAAGAAAGCCUUAUGACAAAGUCUUCUCUUUGAUAUUCUGCCAGCUGGAAUCACUGGUUCUCAGUACACUAGAAACUAGAUCAAGCAAAAGAAAGUCUGAAGUUACUGAAGGUGUAACUGUUCCAAAUAGUUGUACUUGAUGUUGGGAAGUUUAUGGAAAGCCCAUUUUAGCUGCAGGCCCACAUAGAAAUCCCACAAGAAACCUGAGAUACCUUAAUUGGCCCAGAAGAUUGGAUUAAGAGAUGAGACUAAAGAUGGUCAUGGUUAAGUGCAAGUCUUCAGUGGGUAGGAUGUGAGUGGAAAUGGUGAUGGAAAGAGAGCUCGAGCUCAGAAAUGGUUGGGAUUGGGUGAGGUUUGGCAAACACAGGCAAUGAUCAGAUGGAGCUGCUUCAAAUAAAUGCCCAACAUGUCGCAUAAUCUGAAGAGACAUCCAAAAUAUAAUAUUUAAAAAAGUCCAUGGAUAAAGAACUCCAUGGCUAGUUCAUCUGGCAAUUCAAGGGUUGAGUACUUCGGGCAUUUGCAGGUGUCGUUUUUUCACGAUAAGCAGACAAAUUUCAGACACAGUUUUGUUUCAGUAUUCUCUGGAGGUUGAGUUGACUGAAAGCUUUGAGGGGUUUUAAAGCUUUUGCAUGCUUAUUUGACACAAAAUUCUACUGGAAUAAUAAUAACUAGCACUCAGUCGAGUUUUAUUAUGCACUUUAUUGGACUAACACUGUAAAAAUGAGCAAGCUUUGCCUGAGCUUUGGCUCCACUCUAAUGGCUGCUAUAAUUUAUGCAACCUGCUUUUUAUCACUGUUUACUGAAUUCCCCGAAAAUGACGACUGACUUCUAAUAUUUUAUGAUGCCUUUCAUAAGAUUUAUGUCAUACGACCCUUCACUGCUACACUGACAAAUAAUAUAAAACAGGUUAGCAUUGUUCUCUGAGAGCUGGACUCGUGAUCCUGGUUUUCAGUUAGCAGGAAAACCUGCAGCUGCAGAUAUAUUUAUUAAGUUUAAGUUUAGUGUGUGUUGAUUAAUUCAGCACAUGAUUGGAGAACUGGUAGCCACCAUUGAAGCCUCUUGAAUAAAUUGGGGUAGGGUUAGAAAGAAGUGUCAAAGGUUUAAAAAUCACAUCAAAAAACAUUUCAACAGGUAAAAUACUGCCACCCAGUGGUGAAGGUCUUGGUUAAGAUUUGCAGAGACUAAUUUUAAAAAAGCACCUUUAAAAAAGCCAGUGUAACAUCAGCUGAGUAAACAGAAGCUCUUAGGAAUAAAAAAAAUGGAACAAAGCACAGAUUAACUUUAUGUGGCCUCUAUGUGGAGGUUUUUAUAUGCAUACCAACUGACAGCCAGCUUUUGCAUCACCUCUUCAUGCCUAUAGGCAAUGCAAAUACAGCUAUGUGAAAACCACUGGUUAGUUUGUGAUUGAAGAAUCACGGCCCAGAAAGGGAUUAUUAAUCCAAAGAGUUUCACUUCCUGCUUAAAUAAAGGUUUAAAAAAACAGAAGAAAGUCCUUAAAGGUAUUUAAUUCUUGGAAAACUAUGCACCUUUGACCCUAUUUGGUCCAAAGGGCCUGUGGUCCACAUCAUCUUAGGAAUCUGAGAACACAACGCCCAUCUUUAAAAAUUCUCCAUGGUUUAUGGUGUUUUGUUCAAAAAUGUAUUUCAAUUAAUUUGCCUGAGAUUUGCUGAUCUUGGAAACGCAGCUAAACGUCCGUGUCCUAUAAAAAAUGUUUCUUUGAUUUUACACUUUCUACUUUAAAUCAUAAUUUUGCAGAGCUAACGUUAAGCAUUCAUCGUUGAACACUCCAGCACCAUCUGGACCAGAUGUGCUGUUAUUAAUGUAAAAACUGGACUCUGCACUGCUGCAGAAACAUCUGCUGAGGAGGGUCAGGAGGUGUGGUCAGAAGCUCCUUAUGUGUCAAUUGUAGACUCUUCCUAGAGAAAAGUGUGUUUAUAUAUUAUAGAAAGGACAUUUUCUUUAUUUUUAUUAUUUGUGAAUUUUAACUUUAAAAACAAAAUCAAUGAAAUUCCAAUAAUGAUCAGCUGAUACUGAUCGGCGCAUCCCUGUUAAAACUGAAGGUUUACUGUUAAAAUUUUAGUUCUGUGCCAUGAACGAGCUGCAGGCUGGAAGAGUUACGGGAACCACGGCAACAAUGAUGAUGAUGAUGAUGAUGAUGACACUGAGCAGUUCAAUAAGACUUUUUCUACUGUUUACACCUGUCGGACUGGCCACACUGUGUAUGUGUGUGCGUGUCUGUGUGUGUGUGUGUGUAUGUUCCGGUUAAACACAAGGCCAGUUAAGCCCCUCCCACCGCAAGUCCAACACCUCUCCCUUUCCUCCUCCCGCUAUUCUUUACCCCCUAACCAAUAGGCAACCAGAACAACAGGCGGCAGUUCUGAGUCGGCUGAUUGGCUGGAACCAAUCAGAAAAAUAAACAUUUCCUUCUCUGUCUGUCUGUGAUUGGUUCUCCUCCACUCACAAAACAACCAAUCAGCUUCCAGGAAGAAGUCACGCAUGUCACCUACCCCAAAUUCCCUGCCCCCCGCCCCCCCCAGUGACAGUGAUCUAUUAUGCUAAUCGAUUGGUGUGUUUUUUGAUUGACUGUUGUCAGUUCUGUUUGUUUAUAUGUUUGUUUCCAUGGUGACUGAACCAGAAAAUAUGUAAAAUAGAUUUAAAAAAAAAAAAAAGAAGGUUCAGUUCCCGUCGCUGUUCACAUCAAAAACCAUCAAACCCUGAAAACACCAUCUCACAACCACAGUAACGACGAUGUUACAUGAGAAAAAAAUCCUGUUAGAACAGGAAACCUGUGACAGUAAAUACCUGAGUGUGGGUGGGGGGGGGUGUGUGUGUGGGUGCAAGAGUGUGUGUGAGCGUGUGUGUUUAUUUUCGAGUGAUGUCAACAUCUUCCUGCUCUCACCUCAGUCUGAACUCACUAUUUAAAGUGGCCAAUCAGAACCCUCCCUCAGCUCUCCCUGAGCCGAACAGUCCAAUAGCUGCUGCCGUGCUUUAGAUUAGAGCGCUGUGAUUGGCUGUUUCUGUCUGGAUAGUUGUGACUGGCUGUUCUACUCUCCCCCAAAUGUUUUGCUAGCUCGUAAGUUUCAAAUUCCAAGCACAUAUGGUUAGCAGACACAGAGCACAGGGCUAGUAUAACCAUAAAUACACACAAUGCACAAGGAGGUUAGUAUACCAGCUAUGUUAGCCUGGUUAGCAUUUGUAACCAACUAAUCAAAGCUAAAAUUUAGCCAACAUUCCCUUAUGUUAGCACACAGCUAGCCCAGAGUCAGCACAGCCCAUGUAUAUCACUAGGACCUGAGCAGCCUAACUUGAUCUAAGGGCAUGGCUAGUGUAUGGUUAGCAUGUGGCUAGCAGACGCUGAGCAGAAUGCUAACGUAACCAUAACAUGUGGCUACACACAUCAAAAGGACAGUGGGCUAGCUGUGUUUAACACUUUAUUUAUUAGCUAAUACACAUAGAGCAUAUAGCUAAGUAGCUAACAAGGUUAAAAUUUAGCUGGCAUCCUGUUAUGUUAGCCCAUGGCUAAUGUCAGCACAGCCCUUACACAUUGGUAACAAAGGGCUAAUAUCUACUAAAAAAAAGUUUUUCAAAUUUUGUUAGCACAAUAUGCUAAUAUGGCAGAUAAUAGAAUUACAGUUUAGAAUGUUGCUAGUAGCACAGGGCUAACAUAACAUUAACAUGUUGCUAAUUGAUAGCACAUAAUACAAAGAUAGUAGGCCAGCCAUAUUCAACACCUAUUUGUUGCUAUGGUUACUAUGUAACAUAGCAAGGGCUUGGUUAGCAUGUGGGUAAACAUCACAGCUAACCAAAACUAAAAUGUAGCUAACAUACCCUUAUGUUAGCAGGGUGCUAACAUGAGGGUAUGUUAGCUCUAUUGAAGAGCCUCUACUGACUUGUGGCCCAGGUUAGCAUAUGGCUAACAUGGGGGCAUAAUAGAGCUGUAAUUUAUCUUAUGGCUAACAUUUAGCAGUAGCGGUUGCUUAGCUGCCUCCUGAGAGGAAUAAAUGAGGUCUUAGGAAAUGACUAACACUGCUAAUAUGAUGUGCUAACUCAGAUGUUAGCAUUUUAGGGUUCAGCCAAGAGAAUGUGCUCCAUCGAUGGGAAUGAGCCUCAGAGCUGAGGGGUGUGGCUUCACGAGGGUUUAAUGAGUGAGACCUAAAGCCAUACACACUGUGUUUGUGCGCAUGUAUUAACAUUAAUGUGUGUAUGUGUGUGUGUUAGAGCCUGCAUUUUUGUGUGUGUGUUUGUGUGUGUGUGUGUGUGUGUAACAUUGCACGGAUUUGCACUCUAGUGAUGCACCUCAGCAAGACAUCCGCCCACACACGCACACACACACACGUGCAUUGCACUGCCAUUUGAAAUAGUGGGUCAGAUUAGUUUCCAUGUAGCUUCACCAACCAAACUGUAUUUUUCUUUAAAGGAACAGGGAUGUUGUAAAGUAUUUUUGUACAAAUUUAAUACUUUGGUAGCAUGACGUUCCUGUUGUUUGUCCUGUCGGGCUCCACUGCUCUCC